AUGAAAGGAAAAUUGGAUUAGAUUAGUUAUGAGAACCUACAAUUGGCCAAGACUUAUAAACUCUUAAAGAUUAUGGAUUUUAAUAAAGGAUACUUGGUAAGAGAAAUGAAUAGUUUGGAUGGAUUGAAAUAGGCACAUGAAGUGUUAAAGAAAUAAACUGAUAUCGCUGAGAAAGACCUAAAAAGAAGUUAUAAAAUGAAAACAAGAGUGAAGAAGAUCCUUAAAAUUUGCAGAGAUAAUAAAUAAUAAAAUGAAGAGUAUAUUAGAAAUCUUAAUUACUUAACUAGAAACUUCAUUAAGUUAAUUAAAUUCGAAGAAUAGGAAAUUAAAAAAAGUUAGCUUAAUAUAAAAUUUGCUAAAAGAUAAUUUGAUGAAUUUUUAAAGGUUUAUAGAGAAAAAAGAAAUCAUUAAAGGAACUUAAUUUUUUAGAUUAAAGAUAGCUUAUAAUAAAAAAAAUACCUAGACAAAUUGUUCUAAGAUGGAGAUAAAAAGAUUGCUGAUUCAGCUAAUGCAUCGAUCAAAAAAUUAAGAAAGAAGUUAGCAAAAAAAGAGGAUGACUCUAAAAAUAAAAAGAAUAAAGAGGCGUAAGAAAAAGAAGAAAAGCAUCUCAGUGAAAAAUUAUAAUUGUUAACUGCUUCAUAUGAUAAGAUCAAAGGAGGGGUGUUUGAUAUUAAGAUAGAAAAUUAUAAUUAAACUAAUCAAUUCAUAGAUUUCAUGGCUUAAAAAGAUAGAAAAAGUGAAUAUGAGAUUAAACUAUCGGAAAGAAUGCAGAAAUAUACUGAAGUCAAAGAGCAAGAAAAAAAAUUAAAUGAACAAUUAAAUACUUAUUAGAAUGCCUAUUUAUCUCUAAAUAUUCCAUAACAAUAGGAAACAAAAACUGAAGAUCCAAAUAAUGAUAAGAUUCAAUCAACAAAUUUAUAAAAGCAAGAAUAAUAUCUGAAGAAGUUAAUGCUAUUAUAAGCGAAGUUAGCCAGUUCAUUAGAACAGAUUAACGAUAAGUGUAAAAUUAAAAAAGAUGAUUCUAUAAUUGAAGAAUUAAAGAAGAGACAGUAAUUGAUAAUUAAAAAUGAGGGGGAAGCAUCUUACAACAAUCUUAUAAAGGAGAAAUAUGAUAUUGACUCCUUAUUAAAGAAAAGUGCACCCUUUUAUUUUCCUAAAAGGUAUACAGUUCAUGGUAGUAGGUAACCGAGCGAGGAAUGA